GAACGACUCACCCGUUAGUUGCGAGUUUAAGCUGGAAGCGUUGUGUGGUGCUGCGAUCGCGAACGAAGGAAAAAACCGGACCAAGAGGAGGGUGCUCGCUGGAUAUUUACUGGUUUCUCGAGAAACUGUGCUGCAUGUUUGGUGGAUGUAUAUUCCUGUGUGUGCCUCUAAGUGGUUUGGUUAGGUCACUUGUGUCUUGAUCUGAAGAACAGAUAAAGCGGGGUGCAUUCCAAAGGUGCGACGACAACAGCAAGAAGUACCGAUUCUGCAAUGGAGCUUUGAAAGAUGCUACGAGUGUGCUACGGUGCUCUUUUAUGGUGAUGAUUGUCCUAAAUAGGGCACUUCAGUCGAUGUAAAUCAGAAGUGAAUUUAUGUUCUUAGUAAAACCUUAGAAUUAUUACUGUUAUAAGACAAAGCAGAGGAUGGUUUCAAUCAACAAUUGCGAUUUUAAAGGUGCAUUCAUGGGAGAUUUUCGGUGCAUUAGCGUUUAGAGAAGUGUAAAAAACCGCAGGAGAGUCCUCCACGUCUACUCGUGAUAUUACAAUUAUAAAAGCAAGCAGAAAGAAGUGAAGAAACGUUCAAGUGUGUUGCUCAAUAACAACAACUCUGAAGUGAAGGAGAAGAAGCCGAUUCUACGUUGUUGUUCCAAGUGCAAGGGGAAAAACAAAAAGAUUCCCUCAAGAGUUGUGAUAAAGCAUCAUCGGAAGAGAAGAACAAGGCGGCGCGAAGCGUUAACGUUUUGUGGGUCCAACAUUUGUACGACAAGGUGUGCGGCAGCCAAGGCAAGCAGAACGGCGCGCUACUUUGGUGUUAUUCAACAAACGGUCCGAUCGGCGAGCAGCCAGCAGCAGCAGCGUCCGUUCUCGUUCCAUGCGAGUGAUCUCUCCGAGGAAGCAGCCAGGAGAAAAAAGCAGCCUUACCUUUGCUGAAAGGCGGUGAAGUCCCACCGCCCGCGCCGUCCCUUGGCACCGUGCGUGCGUUCGUGUUAUUGUUCCUAGAAGCCGGUUGUACUAAGAAUGGAUAGCAUAAGCGGAUCGGAGAAUUAAUGGACGUGCAGAGUGUUGGAUAGAAUAGAAUAGCAGUUCGUCAGUCAGUGUGCAGUUAGUGGUGUGCAUAAAAGUGUGGAUUGCAGUGUGUAAAGUCGAAUCUAGCGCGACGCCGAUUUAACCAGUCAGUAAUACCGGGGAGGGAUCCGUUCUCUCUAUUUGCCUCGUUCUUGAGUUACGCCACGCAAUACAUACCCGGUGGGAUUGUUUUUGGUUGGCUGAAAGGAACGUGCAGCUGAUAGACGAAGUCGGAGCACAGCUGCAGCAGACCGAAGCAGCACAAACUGACUUUGGCCCAUGCUUCCAAGUUAUAAGAUGUAGCUGAUCCAAACCCGACCGGCAGAAGGUGCGCUAUGGAACAAAACAUCUUCGACGUAGCGGAUGACAUUUCGUUCCCGUGGUUACCGGCCUAUGCCGAGACCACCGUCGUCCCGGAGACGGGUCCCCUGUCGGCCGGUUCGACGAGUCGGAUGCUGGAAACCAUUGUGGAGGAAACAUCAUCGGACGAUGACGACGGCCGGGGGGAAUCGAAACUUAACUCGCUGGAGGAUCACCGACCGAACCAUCCACAGCAGCAGCAGCACCAAGGAUGGUCUCAAUUCGAUCAGGUGUGGAGUUCGGCUGGGUCCGAUACCGGUUCGGUGAUACGCGUUGAUACACCUCCAGAUCAAGAUGCGCUAUCCGAGCGAGACUUCAUCUGUCCGCCCAAGCGCAGGAAGCAGGACAAUGAUGAGGAAGAAGAAUUCCUAUGCAAUGACACUGGCAGCGGAGAGCUGACCGUGGUUAUCAAUGACGGAAAAGGAGAUGCAGGUGUCGUGGGCAGCCAUGAGCACAACAAUAGAAAGCCCCGGUUUUACGAGCUGGAUGGACUGGAAGUUAAUGAAUAUUUUAUGAAGCGACACAAUGAACCAAGAUUGCGGUUCGACGAGAUCGGCCAUGAUCUGUUUACCGAUUCCGAUAGUCUGUCGUACGCGUCGCUGAGUCGAUCAUCAUCGCUAAUCCAGUUCGAAUCGUUGGAGCGCCAGCUGCAGAAUGAAUCGGUGGCCGUCGCCUCGGUGCCUCUGUCCGGUUCGACCCCCUCGUUGUAUCACAGCCAGUGUGUGGGCGCUGGUGUAGGGGCGGUGGCCGACGAUACGACGGGGUCCCCCAUCGCUGGCGAGGGUCUUCGAAACGCGAUUACGCCAGUGGGCAGUGAUACGGUUGGAUUCUACUGCAGCAGCAGCCCAGGCAAGAAAGGCGGCAACCUACUUACGGCAUCGAAUCUAAGUCAACAGCAGGGAAAGCUGUCGUGUGGAGGGGAGAACGUGGGGGUGGGUGAACAAGAACAAGUUGCGCUGAAUACAAGCGAUUCUGAGCUCUACUCGUCGUCAAGUGUGAGCAGUUCUGCCAGCAGCGGAGGUGGAAGUAGUUGCAACUAUGCGAGCGACGAGUGCGAUUUGAACAACCACGAUAAUACGCCGAGCCCUAGUGAGUCGCAGGUGGCGAAAAGUUCCUCAGAUGAAGCGGACGGAUUGGUUCGGUGUCCGCAACGGUGCUCAGAGCGACGUCGAUCUUUGAAUCAACUUCGAACGAAAAAUUCAAUCGAAAGUUUGAGUGAAGACAGUGGCUAUUGCGAUCAUUUGCAUUUCAAUAUGAACAAUCUACGAGUAAAGUCCAAAAGCUGGACUAACUUUGGCUCGGCUGAAAAUGUAAACAUGUUUAUGGAACCGGUGCAGCCGGUGGAUUAUUUUGACCAGCGGCAUGUUUCUUUCCACCAGGAAAAUCGCCUUUCUACGGUAUGCGACGUCGACGAGGAGGAGCACGAAGAGCAGGGCGAAAUGAGCACAAAAGGCCAAGAAGUGCACCGACUGCAACCGCACUACAACAGCGAGGAAAGUCUAUCCAAUAAGUACGACCAUAACAAGCCAGAACAUUGGCUCGCCGCAAGCGCCGCGAAAACCAAUAUUCAUAAUUGUACAAAAAUAGAUUUAGACGCAAGUAAACAUUCGCGCUCGACGGGUGCUGGCGAGCUGCCGUUCGUUGUAACGACCAAAGUAAUUCCCCCGUCGUCCUCUUCGUCUGAUGCAGCGUCAGCGUCAGAAUCAACAUCCUCGUCACGGCGUAAUUCCGUAGAUUCACUCGAGAGACAUCCAACGUCGUCGUCAGCGACAACAAUUCUGGAUCGUCACCAUCGUGCCGAACCGAAACCUAAAAAUAGUAAUCAUCGUCGCCAGCAGAGGGAUGACAUAGAGCACCAGUUUGCCGUUUCACGAAAGCGACCGCGACCACAGCAGCAGUACCGGCGUCGUAGGACCAUCAUUUCGGCCAGUUCGCCCGAUCUAUUCAAUAGUGAUCAGCAGUGUUUUGGCGCUCCUCGUGGCCGGAAGCAAAGUCAACGGAAGGUUAGCGACUUCCUGGAGUACGGUGGAGUUAAUUUCACGGUGUCCAGUGUGCCCGAGUGUUUAAAUUUAUGUGGGAGUCGCCCUCAGGAGUCGGAAAGACAUACCGAAUCGUUAGACUCGUUCGAAAUAAGUGAAUCUGCCACAAGCUCCGGCAAUUAUUGUUCGUGGAAUCAGGGACAAGAAUCGAUCGCGAGUAAGAACUUUAAUUUAUACGACUUUCGUGAAGAGCCGGUCAUUCCAACCGUUGUGAAAAGUGCGAAAACGGUGACAUUUGAGCCGGUGGCGAGACCUCGGGUAAACAUUCGUGCGAGCUACGCCAAUUUGACGGCGCUGGAUUAUGGUGACGAAGAAGACGGCAAUCAGUAUUAUUUAAAUAGGAACACAUUCAGAACGAGUAGUGGAACAAGACUGGGUGGGGCGCGAGACAUGGCAUCGGGAUCGUGGGACCAGAGGAAAACAUUCGACGAAGACGACGAGGAGGAGAGGAUAUUUCCGGUCGAUGGCGACGAAAAGAACGUUUUCAAUUCGCUUUUGGAUGAAAUAUCCGCUCAUUUCGAUCGCAAUCUAUCGAUCAUCAAUGAUCAAGCCGAAGCGUACGAGCCAAUCGCAGCAUUUUUACACGAACAACGUUCGGCAUCGGCACAGCCAUCGUCAUUCAACGCGCUGGUCGCAUCACCGCCUCAACCUCCUCCACGACGAACGCAAAUCAAAACAAACCCCCACCACUCUACGCCACCCGUUGUAGUGCGAUCCCCACCGACCCCACCGGAAGCCACCCAUGGUAAACGGACAUUCGAUCAGGAUCCAACCAAUCUGGUCACCUGCUACGCUGCCAGCCUAGAACGUUGCACGUUCGAUCCGACUGAAUCCACCCUCAACUUAUAUAACGGCAGCAGUAGCGCAAUCAACCACACAAGUGAUCUGAAUAUUAAUCAUCCGAGUACUGCGCGCAACUACGCCCCGGUGGUAGUAGCCAAGCGAGAGUUCGUUUCGAGCACCCCGAAUUUAAACUAUUUCCACGGCUGCAGCGACGAGGAAGGCGGCCUGAACGCCCACCAUAACUCGCUGAAGAAUGUCAGCUGCCUUGAAAUUGGUGCAACCGGAGAUCUGUCCUCUAGAAGCAUUGGCAUUCUCACAAACGCCUCCAGUUCAAAGUGUGGCCUAUCGAAAGGAGUUAGCUUCUGUCCGAUUGUAUCAGAGAUCAUCUGGAAAGACAAUUCGUCCGAGUUAGAUCCGGAUGACAAUGCCAGUGUCAUUUCCAAUCAAGACUUUGAAAUCGAUAUCGAUGACGAAGACUUCGAACAGGACGAUUACGAUCACGCCAACCUGAUUGCAACCCAAACAAACACCCUCAUCAAUUCCAACAGCGUGGAAACGGGCUUAUGCGAGCUUAUAAAUCACGCUGAUUCAUCAUUCGUCAAUUAUCAUCGGAAUGCCGAGAGCAGCAAUCAUCGUCAUCAUCAUCAACCGCCUCGGGUGCCGACACCGGAUUUCGAGUACGAUCGCUUCGUGCUUGAUGACGUCAGCCCGCAUGAGUCGCUCCCACAACAGCCAACGGGAGAGCGCACUGAGAGCGCCGUCGAUCGGGGAGAGGGAGACGGCGCUAGAUGCACCAGCAGCGCCAGCGUAAACAAUGCGAUCUGUGACGACGUCGCAGCCAGUGCGAAAGUGAUCACCGCCGAGAAAGGUUCCACGAUGGCGUCCGCGAUCGCGAAUGGGGUUGACGCUAGCAGAAACAUGAUCGCCGCCGAGUCGUCUUCGUCAGCAGCAAACGCGGAAAGUGUAUCCGUACCUGAAGCGAAUGAUGGGCUGCCGCCACCAUCGCCGCCGCAGCAGAAGUUCGUUAACAAUAAUAACAAUUUGAUUAAGAACUUCAAGAAUGGAAAGGCAGAGAAGAAAGGAAAAACAUUCCUCUCGCGAUUGUCGUCUGGUUUUCGCUUUUCGUUCCGUGGUAAAUCGAAGAAAAACAAAGAUGGUGUCAUUGUGGGUGCGACUAAUGGGAGGGUUGGCAGCACUGCCCCUGGUAAUGAUAAUAGACAAUCGUUGUCUGCAGUGAAAGUGAAGGAUUCCGGCAAUGAUAAAGUGGUGUCGUCUGAUUUUAUUUACAUCCCCUUGAAGGAUCCUAUCGAAAAGCAAGCAGAUGGUGUUGAUGGUGGUGGGGUCAGUGAUGAAGAUGUUUUGGACGCAGAAGAGUACUAUUUGCGUCAGCUUGGUCGGGGUCAGGAUCAGACUGAUAGGGUUUAUAACAGUCCGGGCGAUAGUGAUGUUACAUUCAGAUCCGAUUCAUCGUCGAUUAUUAAUUCGACCCCGACUGGCAACCUUGCUGGUGGGGGUGUUGGUGGACAACGAAACCACGUGUUGAGCGGGAAACCACCCUUGCCGAAGCAGCCCCCACGGGUUGUUGGUGUAAGUGCGAAGCGUUCUACCCCAACGGGGAGAUAUGCGCAUGCCCAGCAGUACCGAGCCUCGUCGACUCCACCGAGGACGGAAAUCGAUCCGGACGAGAGCCACGGCAGUGGCAGCAGCGCCUAUUACCAUCAGUAUACUAACGACACUGAUACGGGCUCGAACGGUGGUGGUACAGCCGAAGGAUCCUUAUCCUCGGCCGUCGGUCGGUACAGCAGUGCUAGAACCAGCUUUCAGAAGAAUCAGUUAGUGGCUGAAAACGCUAAUUACUUCAAUCACAUCAUGGGCAGUGAGCAGAAAAUUGGUCUCAUCGAGACGAAUCUGGAUACCCACGAGACGGUCAUCUCGGGCAAGACCCGUUCGCUGAUGGAACUAGGCGGUCCGUCGUCUCACAUGCACCAGCUGCAGGUGCAUCACGGUGGCGGUGCAGGAAAUCAGAUGAGUGGUGGUGGUGGUGGUGGCGGCGAACGGGGUUCGAAGCGGCUGGGCGGCGGCGUUAAUGGGAUUAAGGACCGCCAGACGGCAGCCGUUGCCAGCGAACCCGGAAGGCCACACAAGAGCAUGGAGUUUCUGCUGGAUAAGGAAAAUCAUCGAAAUGUUUUGCCACCGGAAAACGAGCUCCAGAAAUCGCACGAAACCGGGACGAACCUCAGCGAGCACCAGCUGCGAGUGCAGGCCUCCCUGCAGCGACUGAACAUCCCGGACUGGUACAAGCAAUACUCGGGCAAAGAUGGCGCACCGAACCAAACGAUGCCGAACGCGACGACGGCCGUCGUCGGUCCCGGUGGCAUCCUGCGGAAACGAAACUCGGACGUCGGCCGGUGGACCGGCCUCAGCUCGAAAACGACCUCGCUCAGCUCGCUCGGUUCGCACCGGUCCGAUCGGAGUCCCGUCAUGCUUAGCCCCUCGGCGCACAGUCACCACGGUGGUCAGACGGGAUUCUCGCGGUGGUCCACCUCGCACCUGAACUCGAACCAGACGUCACCGAGCGUUUCGACGAGGGGCUCCUUCACCCGGGGCGGACUCAACUCCAGUGUGAUUUCCGGCUAUUCGACCGCUUCGACGACGGCUGGCUCCGCGGCUGGGGCCAACAGUGCAAUCCGCAACUCGUUCCGGCAGCCGUACCUAGGGUGGAGAAGUCAGGAAAAAUUGGCGCAGCCACGAACACCCGCAGAGAGGCUAGCAUCUUCACUGCUCACCCAGCAGAAGCUCAAAGAGCAACAACAGCAGCAACAACAUCCACAUCAGAACCAGAAGAACGUAGAACCAGUAGUAACACCGGAGAUCCAGUCAUCCAUCAAAGAGGUCACCUCCGCAAUUGUACAUUAUGUAAAUGACCAAACCAACCGACACUCACGCAGUAGAUCCACUAGUCCAAGCCAAAGAUGUUGGCUAGAAAGCUCAUUCGUUGGUACCAAACCGCUGGAUUCCCCGCAGACGCCAAUGAUCGACAACAGCAGCGGCCCAGCACAAGUCGUCGUCCUUCAGCAGAACAGCAGCAGUAGUAGUACGAUGGCCGGGGACCACUAUCGGUACAAUGCCGGCCGGAUGAAUGGCGUCGUGGAUUCAGCUAAUUCCUGUCUGACGCCAACAGUUUCCAGUAACCACACGCUUCAGAUCGAACCCGUACAGAUCCGCAGACGGAGUGAAGGAGACGCCGGUCGGAAACGCAACGAUAGCGGCGGUUCCGGCGUGGUAAGCGGUGCUGCCAGCAGUAAGGAUGCCCACAGCCGACGGGUGUCGUUGGAUUCCUGCGAUACGACUCACAAAAACCACGGAGAACCGCUCAAAUGUCGCUACCCGAAGUGUGACGCCACGGCCACGAUCGCCGAGGCCAAAAAGUCCUACAAAAGCUGCCAUAACUGUUCCCAUCUGUACUGCUCCCGGGAGUGCCGAAGGGCUCACUGGGAGAAGCAUCGAAAAGCUUGCUUGCAUUCGCGAAUUUCCGCUCUGUGUAGGCUGGUGCUGUCCACCUGUAAGGACGACCCCGACACGUUAAGGCAUCUGAGCCACCUGGCCAGGCGCGGUUACUUGUCGCAAGGACGAGGUGUUGUUAGAAUAUUAUUUCGCAGUCCAGAGAACGCGGACUCAUUCAUAAAGCAGGGUUUUCAGUGUUUGGGUGAAGUGUCGUACGUGCGCUGGCCAGACUUGCUCCCGUCGGAGAUGGGUCCGGAAUUGUAUUCGGAGCUGCUUAAGCUGAGCACCGAAUACAAACCCGACUCCAAGAUGUUGAUCUACGUGGCCAUUUGUGUCGUGUCGGAAGCCCCGGGUAAUGCUACCGCCCCUGUCAAGUGGGAACGCCAGCUGGUGUCCAGAUGCGCCAAGCUUAAACUUUGCAAAUCGGUAAUCAACGAAAUCAAUAACUCGCCCAUCGAUAAGCAGAUUCCAAAGAAAGAAUCCACCACCGACGUGCUAAUCUUGUCGUUUAACAUUCUGUCAAAAACCACUCAAAAAAGUCGCGAGGUUGUGUCGCAGAACAUUCAGGCCGUGCUGCGCCAGCGGGGCGUGACCCUGCGGAAGCAUUAUCCCGAGGUCUUCCAGCGGCUGUCCACGUUCGUCGAAGGGUCCACCGAUCGCUUUCUACCGGUGACGGUCCAUCCACGGGACAGCGUUACCGGGCGACCGUUCGUUUGCAUAAUUAUGCCCAACUAUGGUGACGCGGAAAAGUUACAAUUUCCAAUUUCAGAGAAUGGCGAAGAUGAUCGGGUGGUCACGAUGGACGUCGGGGCGGAACUGGAAGUGAUGGAAACGGCAAGCAAUCUGUAAGUUUGGAUAGAUUUU